AUGCUAUUGCGCUAUGAAUUUAUGGGACUACUGAGCCAAGCCAGGCUGUAUGCCAUUGCUGCUGAAAAAAAGAAUUAUCUUCAAGAGGAGUCCGCUUCUUCUCAAAGAAGGAGCGCCAGUCAGUUUGAUUGGGCUCUCAUGAGACUAGAUAAUUCUGUCCGAAGAACUGGCCGCAUCCCAAAGUCACUUCUACAAAAAGUCUUUGAUAAUACCUGUCACUCAGGCUGCCCAGGUGGUAAUCAUGCCUUGCUUCUGCUGCGCAGCUGUGGUUCUCUCCUGCCUGAACUAAAGCUCUCAGAGAGGACAGAAUUAGCUCAUAGGAUAUGGGACAAACUUCAGGAAUUGGGUACUGUGUACGAUGUAAGUCACUAUAAUGCUUUACUUAAAGUCUACCUUCAAAAUGAACACAAAUUUUCACCAACUGACUUCUUGGCAAAAAUGGAGAAAGCAAACAUUCAACCAAAUCGUGUAACAUACCAGAGAUUGAUUGCUGCUUAUUGUAACGUGGGAGAUAUUGAAGGUGCCAGCAAGAUUCUUGGAUUUAUGAAAACUAAGGAUCUUCCAGUCACAGAGGCAGUAUUCAGUGCCCUUGUUACAGGGCAUGCAAGAGCUGGAGAUAUGGAAAAUGCAGAGAAUAUUCUCACAGUGAUGAAAGAGGCUGGAAUUGAGCCUGGUCCAGACACAUAUCUAGCCUUAUUGAAUGUGUAUGCUGAGAAGGGUGACAUUGACCAUGUUAAGCAGACUCUGGAGAAGGUGGCGAAGUCCGAUCUUUACCUUAUGGACCGUGAUUUAUUGCAAAUUAUCUUUAGCUUCAGUAAAGCUGGGUAUCCUCAGUAUGUCUCAGAGAUUUUGGACAAAAUUUCAUAUGAAAGAAGAUAUAUUCCAGAUGCAAUGAACCUUAUUUUGCUUUUAGUCACUGAAAAAUUGGAAGAUACAGCAUUGCAAGUUUUAUUAGCAUGUCCUUUAUCAAAGGAAGAUGGUCUGAAUGACUUUGGCAGUUUCUUUUUACGGCACUGUGUGACUAUGAAUACGCCUGCAGAGAAGCUGAAAGACUACUGUAAGAAGUUAAAGGAAGCCAAGCUGCAUUCAUCUCCUUUGCAGUUCACACUGCAGUGUGCUUUACUAGCCAAUAAAACUGAUUUGGCAAAAGCUCUAAUGAAGGCUCUGAAGGAAGAAGAUUUUCCUAUCAGAACUCACUAUUUCUGGCCACUGCUAGUUGGACAUCAGAAGGAGAAAAAUGUUCAAGGUAUAGUUAAAGUCCUCAAAGAAAUGCAUGAAAUGGGAGUAAAUCCUGAUCAGGAGACAUACGUAAAUUAUGUGUUUCCAUCCUUUGAUAGUGUAAAGUCAGUUCGUGCUGUAUUGCAGGAAAAUGGAUGUCCAUUUGAAAGUAAUAUAUUUUCUCAAGCUGAAUUGAGAAGUGAAGCAAUAAGUGGGAACUUAGACUAUGUUUUAUCAUUUUUGGAAUCAAAUACAUUGCCUUUCUCAUUUACUUCUUUGAGAGGCACCCUAAUUCUAGGCUUUAGGAGGUCUAUGAAUAUAAAUCUUUGGAGCAAGAUAACGGAACUGUUGUACAAGGAUGGACGUUAUUGCCAGGAGCCUCAAGGACCAAUGGAAGCUGUUGGCUAUUUUCUUUAUAACUUGAUUGACAGCAUGAGUGACUCAGAGGUACAGGCCAAGGAGGAGCGUUUGAGACAAUACUUCCAUCAGCUGAAGGAGAUGAAUGUAAAAAUUUCUGAAAAUAUCUACAGAGGCAUUCGUAACCUACUGGAUAGCUACCACGUUCCUGAAUUGAUUAAGGAUGUUCAUUUGUUGGUUGAAAGAGAGAAGACAGACUCUCAAAAAACUUAUAAGGCUUCAUCGUCUGAUUUGGAGUCUACACUUGAAAAACUAAAAGCUGAAAAUCAACCUGUAGGAGAUAUCCUAAAGCAACUCAUAUUAGUGCUUUGUUCAGAAGAGAACAUGCAAAAAGCUCUUGAAUUGAAAGCAAAAUAUGAAUCAGACAUGGUUAUUGGUGGCUAUGCAGCUUUAAUAAAUUUGUGCUGUCGACAUGAUAAUGCAGAAGAAGCACUGAACCUGAAACAAGAAUUUGACCGGUUAGAUUCAUCUGCUGUCCUUGACACCAACAAGUAUGUAGGCCUUGUAAAAGUAUUGGGAAAACAUGGCAAACUCCAAGAUGCUAUUAACAUUCUAAAGGAAAUGAAAGAGAAGGAUGUUCUUAUCAAAGAUACAACAGUCUUGUCCUUUUUUCACAUCCUAAAUGGCGCAGCUUUAAGAGGUGAAACUGAAACAGUAAAACAGUUACAUGAAGCCAUCAUAACUCUGGGGUUAAUGAAACCAACCAUCAACAUAUGUUCCCCAUUGGUCACUCUAUAUCUGGAAAAGGAUGACUUACCCACUGCACUUGAAACCAGCAUUGACUGCUAUAACAAGUAUAAAAUAUUACCAAGGAUUCAUGAUGUCUUAUGUAAACUGAUAGAGAAAGGCGAGACUGAUCUCAUUCAGAAAGCAAUGGACUUUGUGAGCCAAGAACAAGGUGAAAUGACAAUGCUCUAUGAUCUCUUCUUUGCCUUCCUACAAACAGGAAAUUACAAAGAAGCCAAGAAGAUCAUUGAGACUCCAGGCAUUAGAGCACGAUCUGCCAGACUUCAGUGGUUUUGUGAUAGGUGUAUUUCCAGUAAUCAGGUUGAAACUCUAGAAAAAUUAGUGGAGCUGACACAGAAGCUAUUUGAAUGCGACAGAGACCAGCUGUAUUACAAUCUGCUGAAACUAUAUAAAAUAAACAGUGACUGGCAAAGAGCUGAUGCUGCCUGGAAUAAAAUGCAAGAAGAAAAUAUUAUUCCUCGUGCGAAGACAUUAAGAUUAUUAGCAGAAAUCCUUAGAAGCAAUAAUCAGGAAGUUCCAUUUGAUGUACCUGAGUUGUGGUAUGAGGAUGAAAAAGAUUCCCAGAAUACUCCAGCACCAUCACUUGAAGAAGUUAAUUUACAGAAAGAUCUGUUGAGUGCCUGCCAAAGGAAGAAAAGCAAAGAUGCAUAUAAUAUUUUCCUGAAAGCACAAAAGCAAGAUGUUGUGUUUGACAGUGAAACUUACAACAAUCUUAUAAAAUUACUGUUGAUAAAGGAUAGCUUUACACAAGCAAUGCAAGUGAAAAAUUUCGCUGAGACCCACAUCAAGGGCUUCACACUGAACGAUGCUGCCAACAGCCUCCUCAUCAUAACGCAAGUUAGGCGGGAUUAUUUGAAAGAGGCUCUAACACUGCUAAAGACGGCCUUGGAUCAGGGGCAGACACCUUCUAAGAUAGCAGUGACCCGCCUGAUUCAGGCGUGUGCUUUGAAGGGUGAUUUAGAAAGCAUACAAGCAAUUCAGAAGAUGGUAAAUGGACUCGAAGAGUUGAUUGGACUUUCAAAUAUGGUUUUCAUCAAUAACAUUGCUUUGGCACAAAUAAAGAACAAUAACGUAGAUGUUGCAAUAGAAAACAUUGAAAAUUUGCUUACUUCAGGGAAUCAGACCAUGGAAACCCAGUAUUUUGGCUUGGCAUACUUAUUCAGAAAAGUAAUAGAGGAGCAGUUGGAUCCAGCACUUGAAAAGAUAAGCAUCAUGGCAGAGAGAUUGGCCAAUCAGUUUGCAGUGUACAAACCUGUCACCGACCUUUUCCUUCAGCUUGUGGAUUCAGGCAAGGUGGAUGAUGCCAGAGCCCUCCUACAGAGAUGUGGUGCAAUUGCUGAGCAAACCCCAAUUUUCGUGGUGUUCUUUAUGAGGAGUUCUCGGAGCCCAGGAAAGGCACCAAUAUUGAGAUCUUUAGUAGAACUGAUUCCUGAAUUAAUUGAAAAAGAAGAAGUAUACACUUCCAUCAUGAAAAGCUGUGGCGUGGACAAAGAUGUCUCAUCUGCCAAAGCACUGUAUGAAAGUUUGACUGCAAAGAAGAUAAAAUUGGAUGAUCUGUUUCUAAAACGUUAUGCAGUUUUGCUGAAGAAUGCUGGAGAGCCUGUCCCUUUCCCUGAGCCCCCAGAAAGCUUUGAAUUUUAUGCAAAGCAGCUAAAGGAAUUAAGGGAGACCCCUUUGUGAAGCAAACACGCACUACUUCGUUUUUUUGUGUAUUUGUGAUUCUGUGUCUAAAAUGUUAUUUUUUAAAUGUAUUUGAGAAUACAAAAAUAAAUAAAUGAAAAGUUCAUCUGUUUAUGUGCUUAUAUUUAUUGGUAAUAUGGGAUAUGAUAUGUACAACAUCUUAUUGACAAUAGCUGUGUGCACUUGGUCACCAGACUUUUUUGGGUUUGCCUACAACAUAAAUCUAUGGCAUUUUCUUAAAGGUUCCUGAUGUAUGUAUGAAGCCAUAAUUUGUUAGGGUCUUCUUCCAAUUGACUCUUCUUCCGGCCCUGUACUCAAUUUCAUCUAUUAUUUUCAUUAAAAGUUUCCCUUAUUGAAGACUUACUUGUUAAUAUUGUUUAUCUGACGAAUGUUGGAGCUGCACAGAAUGGCGUUCAGUGAGCUUUCUAAUGUUUAAUAUUCUAUGAUCUAUCAAUUCUUUACAUGUAUGAAGCCCUGCAUAAUUUUCCAGUUUUGUAAAAUGUUGGCGCUAGAAGAUGUCUUACCAGCCCAGCCAUUAAACCCAGUGCUCCCAGUGACUUUGAAUCAGAGACUUGCCCUUGGUCGGGGUACUAUUUGCCAAUCCUGGAGGUUCCUCACCAUGCGUUCCCUCUACCACAAUAGCUCCCAUGAGUCUCUGCUCAUAGAAGUCUCCAAAACUGAGUCUGAGCCCUGACUGAUUAUGACACAGAGCAAGGCACUUCCUCUCAUUCUGGUUUCAGGAAUUGUCAGCACAAAAUACCACUACACCAAGCCUCUUAUUUCUACUCAGAUCCUAUAACUAUGUGAUUUAAUAUACGAAGGAGUGGAAUCUUGGUGUACAUUCAGUUUUUUCAAAGUUAUCUCCAAAUUGGCUUCCAUGCCCGUUAAUAUCUACAUUGUAAAUAGGUACUAUAAAAGAAUGUACGGUGUAGUCAGUUUGCCAUUACAAAGGUAUGGGGAUUGAAAAUGUUUCAUUUGAGAGUUAUCCCCUUUUUGUUAUAUUCCUUAUCUAUUUGAAAUCAGUGACCACUUACGUGCUUCCCACUGUUUACGGGGGGCGGGGGGGGGGGGCUUAGCCCUGCCUUGGGGAAAUAACUUGACCUGCUGUUUGUGCUGCUAACCUGUCUUAUGGGAUCAGCCAUCCUGCAUCUAGAGCCGCCAGAUUGCUUCAGAGGGUGGGAUGAUGGAGGAGAGCCAAGAAAUAAAUGUUAUUAUGACAUUGGCCAUAUUCUUCAUCUUUUUGUAGUUAGACCUGAGGAACCAUGAGACCUAGGGACUUAAUGAAACUUGCCUUUGUGACUCGGGUGCAGGACCGGCACGUGUUGUGGUUAUGAUAGUGCCGGAUUUGCCACGAGCCUCCCUCUAGUGAUUCCACUGAAGCAGGCCUUAUUUUUUGCAGUUAUGCUAAUAGCUGAGCUCAGUUGUAUUAAUGUUCAUCAAUAGAGGUCUCUCAAAUGAGGCAUAACCCUGGGGCAUAAUCUGGACUCCGCUGUCAACAGUACAAUCUCAAUCGCAUGAAGUGACUCCAAGCCAACCUUGUGUAUUGACUGGUGAAAUGUGGGUGUAGUGCAGAGGACAUGGGCACGAAUCUUAACCUAGCGUUCUAAACAGCUCAGUGAAUGUAUUACAUGAUUAACAAAGAACUGUCAUGUCAUGUCAUAUCUUUAGCACUGGCUUUCCCUUUGAAUGUAAAUAUUUAAACUUUAAUAAUUGUAUAUUCUAGGUGGGCUUAUAAAUGGAUGCUUUCUAAAUAUCUACCAGUGAAAUUGAAACGAAUGGAAAUACAGAGUAAACACAGUUAUAGCAACGCUCAAUAAUAUGUUUUAGAUUCAAAUUAUAAGCAAAUAGCUAGUUCUAAAAAGUACACGUCAUUGUAGACUUUUGAAAACUAUAGUGUGUUUUAUAUGUAACUGAGCAUUCGUGUAUUUGAACCUAAUAUAAUUUUAAUGUGAAACGCUUUGAAUAAAUUGUAUUCCAGAUUUUUGUA